AUGGCGAAAUCCUCAUAUGCGAUUGACUCGAAGGGGCGCCGACGGCGGCGGCGCGGGUCACACGCAGAUGAAGGGGCCGGGGACGAAUGGCGGGUUGAGGAUGAGGUGACACGGAGCUGUGAGGCUGGGAGGACAGAGGGUAGGCGGAGAGGGAGGGUGGUGUUGGUGGAUCGGUCUGAGAGGGAGAGGCUCGAGGAUGAGAGACGAGACGGAGAAAAAGACGAAGUUGUUGUUGAAAGCGAGAUAAUGCCUUCUGAAUCAAGAGAGACGCUGCGGUCGAAGGGGAGGUCGGGUGAGAGUUAUGGAAAAAGGAGGAGGGACAGGGGGAAGGGAGGGGGUCAGGCAGUGGAGUAUGUUUACGGACCGCCGAAGGGGAAGGCUGGGAAACCGGAGAAGUUGAGAGUGCGCGAGACGAGGGUGCUGGGACGAAACGGAGAAAGCUCUAGUAGUGAGGAGGAGAUAGUGGAGGUGAGGAGGAGCAAGACGAGUCGAGAGAGCCCGAGGAAGAUCAAAGUGGUCUAUGCUACGAAGGAGGAAGGAAAAGCGUCGAAGCAUAAGGAGCCGAAAGUGAGAACCGUGAGGGAGGAAGACCCGGUGCGGAGGAGCAGAGCGAAUACGUCGAGGAGGAAGCCUGUUGGUGUUGAAGCGAUGCCACCGUCGCCUCCGAAGAGAAGUGCUACGACACGAACGAUGCAUUCUGAUAUACGGGCACUGAGAAGGAGCAAUACAUUGACGACGCAUGUCCCCUCUACUCGACACCUAUCCUCAGCAGCAGAGAGUAAUCCAGCGAUGAGACGAGCCAGUUUCAUGGGCUCGUUCUUUGGGUCAGGAGUCCCGCUGCACAACGAACCAGAGAAGCUAAUUGAAUGUCUAAUCUGCCUCUCCGACGACAUCCCCCGCUCCAAAUCCGCAAAGCUCAAAUGCGGCCACCGAAUGUGCCACUCUUGCCUUAAACGCAGCUUCCGCCUCUCCGUCACGGACCCUGCACACAUGCCUCCCAAGUGCUGCUCGGUCGAGCACAUUCCACUCAAGCAUGUCGAGAAACUCUUCAACAUCGAGUUCAAGAAGACCUGGAACCGCAAAUUCCAGGAGUUCUCGACGAAGAAUCGGAUCUACUGCCCAGCGAGGAGGUGCGGGGAGUGGAUCAAGCCGGCGAACAUGCACAAGGAAGACGGGAAGAAGUAUGGGAAGUGUGGACAGUGUCGGACGAAAGUCUGCUGUGCGUGUAAUGGGAAGUGGCACGGUGCGAGGGAUUGCCCGAAGGACGAGGAGACUAAUAGACUGCUCGAGACGGCAAAAAAGGCCGGCUGGCAGAGGUGUUAUAGCUGUAGGACGAUGGUUGAGCUGAAGGAGGGGUCGGAGUUUUGUAUGAUAUGUGGACUCAAGUGGAAAACCUGCGAUUGCCCGUGGUUCAACUACGAAGCCGUCGAGCAAGACAGGCUCAAUCACAUGCAGAUCCCACGCGAUUUGCCCAUCGAUGGCGAGGCGGAAGAUCGCCCUCGUCGUCUCCGCAGGCCCAGGCCUCCAAAUACAUACUUGGAGGAAAUCACCGAACGCCAACGGCAAGAACGCCGCGACGAAGCCCUAGCUCGCCGUAUGCAGAGAGCAAUUAUAGCAGACGACCACAAUGACGACUACCAAGGCGGCAUUGGCGAUAUCCAUGGCGUCGGGAACGGCGCGGGCCAUUUUAUGAACCAGGAUUAUGUGCGCGAAGCUCAUAAUAUCCUAACGGGAAAUUUUGACCACGCGAGAGCGGCAGCCAAUUACGUGAUGGGUGUUGCUAACGCGCGGGCUCGUCCACCGGUAGCGGUCCGUCAGAUGAACGAUCGCUAUCCUGGCCCUCCUCCUCCGCCGGUGCUGAGAAGACACAACGUGAGAGAUCAAGCUUACAAUGACGCCCAACCUCGGGCUGCUGACCGAGUGGUGCCGAGGAGGUCAAGGGGCGAUUACGAAGCGGAGGCUGCGGUGCACGAUCCCUCGGGAAGGGAUCCCUUUAUACCACCUUCGCCGAGAGUAUCGAGGACUAAGGUGAGGGAACCAAGGCCGUCGGUGCUGGCUGGCCUUGGAGGACGGGGCAAUAGGGUUAGUGCUUGGAGGAGCCAUGUUGAGCCUGGUGUGGAGCCUGAGGAGGGAGUUUUGAGUAUGGUUUCUUAG